UGUCUGCAUCUCUUUGACUUUAAGUCUCUGUCAAUCACUUGACUUUGUUCAGAGUUGAAGAUCUACAGGUAUGUAAUGUGUAUAUAAAGGCCAGUAGCAAUUACAUGCAGUUGCGUGUCCAUCAACCAUUGGAUUAGUUAAUCCCUUCAACAAUGUCAUAAUUUUCAUGGAGUGUAUUUAUGUUUUCCUUGUGGAUUACCAAAAUGUGAUAAAAAGUCAAACGAGCCCACAGAUUAUUGAAUUAGGGGAGGACGAUCACACACCAAGGGCUCCCUAAGGCCGGAGGAGCAAGAUGAAAAUGUCCUUCGAUAAUUCCACUGAAGUUUUCCAAGUGGAGGAUUCCCUCUCCUUACCUCCAUCUACACCUCCACCCUACUCCCGGCUACAGGUCCACGAGAAUCGCCUCGUCUCACAGUCAUCCACAGGUUCCUCAGAGAGCAGUCUCAGUCACAUGACCGAAGAAAAACCAGUGUUGCCUGGAGUUACAGUGCGUGCUGCUACCAAAGAGAAUCUUGUACAGCUUGUUGUACAGAGUAUAGAACCAGAUGGACGAUUGGUAGGGGGCAGUGAUUUCCUGAGUGUUAUGUUUUUGAUGCAUCAGUGGUUCAUGAGUUCAGAACAGCUAGCCUCUGCUUUCAUUGACUUAUAUCAGUCUAGUGAUGAGACUGUCUCCUGUACCAAACUCAACUGUCAACACAUCCCAGCUAAUGAAGACUGUGACAUACAGAAAUACAAAUGUCGAAUCUGUCACGCUGUCAGGUUCUGGAUAGACAAUUAUCCAAUCCAUUUUGACUUGGAUUUGAGACUGAAGACAGUGAUGAACAACUUCAGAACGAUUGCUCACUCAGAAGGCAAUGAUGUGUGUAAACAACUGCUGGAUCUGUCUAAAGUUCCUACAUUUGAUUGGAUGAGAAGAAUCUCUGUCAGGCCAAGCAAACACAACAGAAAGGUAUCCCUUGUGUUUAAUCACUUAGAGCCAAUGGAGUUAGCAGAGCAUUUGUCAUAUCUAGAAUACAAAGCAUUCCGCAGGAUAAAUUUUACUGAUUUUAAAAACUAUGCAAUGUCGGGGUCCAUUAAAGAUAACCCCAAACUGGAGCGGUCCAUUGCUUUGUUUAAUGGAUUGUCACAGUGGAUACAGUGUAUGGUGCUCAGUAAGACAACCCCACAACAAAGAGCUGAUGUCAUCGUCAAAUUUGUUAAUGUUGCGAAGAAACUGAGGCUGCUGAACAAUUUUAACACUUUGAUGUCAGUGGUAGGGGGGCUAACACACAGCGCUCUGGCCAGGCUGUCCAAAACUAACCAGGAAAUCCCUAGUGAUACUCAGAAGACGCUGAUGGAGUUCACCGACCUUCUUUCCUCUAAUAACAACUUCAGCAACUAUCGCAAAGUCUUCAAUCAGAUCAAGGCUACAGAGUUCAAAAUUCCCAUACUAGCUGUCCAUCUGAGAGACCUGAUCCUCCUACAUACAGCUUUACCAGAUCAAGUAGAGGGAAAUCUAAUUAAUUUCCGGAAAAUGGUUCAGCUUUCACAAACACUGAAAGAACUGACCAAACUUCAGCUGCAUGAUGUCAUUCCAUUCACUGCUAAUGUGGACCUUGUCAAUACACUCAGGUUAUCACUUGAUCUGCACUACACAGAAGAUGAAAUUUAUGAACUCUCCCUGGCACGAGAGCCUAGAAAUUCCUUAUCAUCUGUCAGUGAAACACCGUCCACCCCAACCAAGCCGGCAGUGGUGUUUGCUGAGUGGCUGGCAGGAGUUAGUCCCCCUGAUCCAAACACAAUAAACAAACAUGUUCAUGAUAUGGUUGAGGCUGUGUUUAAAAAUUACGAUCAUGACAAGGAUGGGUUUAUAUCCCAUGAUGAGUUUAAAGCCAUUGCUGGGAAUUUCCCCUUCAUUGAUUCAUUCUGUGUUCUGGAUGCUGAUCAGGAUGGCAUGAUCAGCAAAGCUGAGAUGAAGACAUACUUUUUUAAAGCCAAUUGCCAUGUGUUGCAGAACAGUUUUAAGCAUGAUUUCCAUGAGACCACAUACCUGAAACCCACAUUCUGUAGCCACUGUACAGGGCUGUUAUGGGGUUUAAUCAAGCAAGGUUGGAAAUGCAAAGAUUGUGGUAUUAAUGCUCAUAAACAUUGUAAAGACUUGGUUGUGAUGGAGUGUCGGAAUAAACAGCAGGCAGCUGGGAACAAACGGCCAGAUGUCCCUAAUGGCCCAUCUUCACACGAGGUAGGAACCUACCCAGGAAGAAGAAAAGCCUCACAGCGACAGAAGAGGUCACGUGUGAGUGUGGGGACACAGACAGAGGAAGUGUAUUUUACAGACCUCCGUCGCUCAAACAUGAACGGGGAUGAGGAUUUUUAUGAAGGUCAAGAAGACGUCUUCACACGGCUGGCCCAGACUGAUGAGGCGAGGGACAAGUUGAUGGCAGAGAAUGCUAAAUUGAGGGAACUGUUGGAAGCUAGUAAUGAACAAAAUGCUGUUCUCAAGUCUCAUUUGGGACUGAUUCGUAAAAACACCAUAGCUUUUAUAUUGGAACAGAUGGAUGCCCUCCAUAUACAGCGAGACACCGAGGUGUAGCUGGGCAGGUCCUAGCCCCACCUACCAAACCCCAUGAUCCACCCCCUGUGUUCACACAGUGAAUCUUCAAUGGUAGACAUUCCAAAGCUUGUACACAAAGAACUGUAAAACUUGCAAAGUGGAGGACCCUGUCUUGUGUUAUAGUAAAGCUUUAUUGUUAUUUAUGUUACAUGACAUAAAUGUUCUCGUAGAUUUGACCAAAUGAUGAAUGUUUAUUUUGAUCAGAACUCAAAUCCUUGGCUUAAACAUUCCAUUGCAAGACUAUUUGUACAAUAGGCGAGGAGAGUUUGAUUGGACUUAAACAAAGUGUGGACAUUUGAUAGCUGCAAAAAACAAUGAGAAAAAAAAAAUUCUCCAACAUUUCAAAGUGUGUUCUAAGUCAAACCUUGAAGUCUUUCAGAUACGUUAUGAGUGUAAGGCGGAUUUUGUGUCCUGUGAUUCGUAAUGUCUUGGUAUUUCAUGUGCAUUCUUUUGAUGGUAUCAGAACCAAUGAAUCUGCAGCAUAUUGGAAAACAGAGGUCUGAUGGACACUGAUUGGUUACCAGCUGUACAUCAUUACCCAUGAUCCUCAGGCAGAUCACAUAAACCCCUCAGCUACCAGUGUUGUGCCAUACAGUUAGCCUACAUACCACCACAUUUAUUCUGCUAUUCUGGAUCAAGCUCAUGGAAAUAAAGUGCAGUUCUGAUUAUUUUACAAAAAAUGUGUUUCUUGUAAAUUUGCCUCCUUUAAACCAGUCACCAAUAAUGAAGAAUUAAUUUUUUUUUUUUUACAUGUGAAUCAACUAUGUAUUUUCUUUACAUAAUCUGUGUUUUUGUUAUAUUUUUUCCUAACA